GUGAUCACUGAGAUAUCAACAUGGCCGAUCAUAACAAGGAAGAAAAACUAAAUGGCAAAAAUUUGAAAUCUAAUGUUUACCAGACUCACAGACCUUCAAAAGUGGGUUUGUCAAAAUCAAAUGGAAAGGAGGUGUCACGUGAGAGUCCUGAUAAGGAUUUAGUAAAUAGUGGAAAGAAUAUUCAGAAAAUGAACUCCGAAGAAAGAGAGCGACCAACUAUCAACAAACCAAAAAGAGAUUUAAACCUUAAUAAAAGUCACGACAACAAUUUUUAUUGGAACAAUGAAAAAAACGCCGAGUUUACGGAUGGAGCUUUAGAUACAAAAGCAGAUACUUUAGAAUCUUAUAAUAAUAGCAAUAAUAAAACUCAUUUGUCUAAUGAUUUUAAACUUAAAAAUACAGAAAAUUCUGUAUACCCAGAACAUUCUGUACCACUUCAAAGUAGAAUUGGAGAGAAAACUUUUUAUAAUAAUGCAGAAAUUACGUCAAACGAACCAAACAAAGAAGAAAAAAAUUUAAAUAAUUCGUAUGGCUUGAAAGAUACAACUCACAAUUACCCUAAACAAAGCGGUACAGAACACUAUUCUACAUACCCAGGUGGUACAUAUCACCAUAAAAAAAGAAAAUCAUCGCCGACUGAGACACCUACAGCCGGAGACGAAAGAAAUGAUAAACCUAAGCCAGUUUUUAAUUCAGAUGUUUCAAUUAACAAUAAAUCUGCGUCAUUACCGUCUGACAAUACUUCAAAACAAGCUCAAAAUUGGUCAGAAAAUCAACGAAAAAAGGAAAUCUCAAACAUUGACGAAACAGGCGAAAAAGCGCGUCUUGUAGCAGUACGAAAAUUAGACACCCCUGAACUUAAACGAAAAAACGAAACAAUGGAAGGAGAUUCGGAAAGCUCUUCAACAAUAUCUGAAGGUCAAGAUUCUAAAACUGAUGUUUUUCUUCCCAAACGAUACAUUUUAGCAAUUAUGAUGUUCAUGGGAUUUAUGAAUAUGUAUGCCAUACGAGUAAAUCUUAACGUUGCUAUCGGGGCUAUGACAAAUAAUCAUACAAUAUCACAAGGUGGUUUUGCUGUUACUAUGCCUCCUGAAUUUAACUGGUCGUCAAGGUUACAAGGUGUUGUACUUGGAUCUUUUUACUAUGGAUACAUGUUUUUGCAAAUUCCUGGUGGAUGGUUUGCAAUGCGUUUUGGAGGAACUAAAAUAUUUGGUGGGGCAAUCUUCCUUGCAUCUCUUUUGACUUUGUUAACUCCAGUUGCAACAAGAUAUAGCGUUUGGGCAUUAGUUGUUUUACGUAUUUUAGAAGGACUUGUCUUGGGCGUUAUGCUACCAUGUAACCAUCAAAUAUGGAGUUUAUGGGCGCCACUUCAAGAAAGGUCUACUCUUGUAACAAUAGCAGUUGCCGGAAUGAAUGUUGGGACAGUAGUAACAAUGCCGUUGACAGGGCUUUUAACUAAAUAUGGUUUUGAUGGAGGUUGGGCAUCAGUAUUUUAUUGUUUUGGAUUAUUCGGAAUUGCUUGGUUCUUGUUAUGGUUACUUGUUGUUCAUGCUACACCAAACUCACAUCCAACAAUAACAAAAGAUGAACGAAACUAUAUUAAUAAAAACGUCAUUCAUAGAAGGAGUAUGAGAGUUCCAUGGAAAGCUAUGCUUACAUCGAAACCAGUUUGGGCUGUUAUAAUUGGCAACGUUGCAAGUGAUUGGGGUUUAUACACUAUUCUUAUAUGUCUUCCAUUAUUUCUUAUGGAUAUAAUGAGAUUUAACGUGCAAACGAUGGGCUUUGUUGCUUCACUUCCAUUCCUUUUAAAAGCAAUUGUUGGUCCUCUCGGUGGAGUGGUAGCAGAUAUAUUGCGUUACAAAUGCAUGAGUACAAGAGCUGUUCGACAAUUAUUUUACGCUAUAGGGGCAAUGUCUGCAGCUGUAAUGAUAGUAAUAGCAGGAUACACGGAUUCGCCAAUGUUUGCAGUUUUGAGUAUGUGCGUUGGGGUUGCUAUGUCUGGCCUAUUGCACAGCGGGUAUGAAGUUAAUGUUCUUGAUAUUGCUCCUUCAUUAGCAGGAAUUGUUAUGGGUAUUACAAAUACUGCUGGAACAACGACGGGGUUUUUAAGUCCGCUUCUUGUUGGUUUUUUGACUGAAGAUAAGUUACGUUCGCAAUGGCAACUAGUGUUUUGGAUAACAUUCUUGAUAUAUCUUGGUGGUACAAUACUUUUUUGCUUAUUAUGCUCUGGUGAAGCUCAGCAUUGGUCCUUAGAAGAAAAUGAUGAAGAUGAAAAUGAAAGUCACGAUCGGAGUAAACCUUAAAUUAAAAACGAAUUAUUAUAGUUGACCAAAGUUUUAUACGUGCGUUGCGUUACAAAUAAAGUUCAAAGUAAGUUAAAUACAAAGGGCAAAUAUAUAACCGAAAGUUCAGCAUGUUUAUGAUGUUGCUAAUAGGUCAAUCAAUUUAAAUGAAAGCACUCUGCCUAUGAUUAUAAAAAAGUUUAAAAUUGUUUUCAAGGAGAGUAACAAACAACUUAACAAUUAAAAUACAAAAACUAUUGCAUUUCUUACUCGAUUAACAGAUUUACGAGGUGAUUAAUACGUGUUUUUUUUACAAGAUUUUUUCAUGUGUACAUAUAUACAUGUAGACGUAUGAAAAGUUUGGUAAAUUUCCCUUUAAUAUGCUGAUAAAAAUCAUUUAUUGAUACAAGCUUUACUAAUAAAACAACAUGUGAAAAGAUAAAACCAAGCAAAAUACUUUACUAACCUUACUUUACGAAUCUUACGUAACCUUACUUUACUAAUGUUUUGUAAAUAUGUAUUAAGUAAAAGUUAUAAGUAAAAAUAAACGAAAUGACAAAGUUUGAA